GGAGGAGCAGAGAGAGCAGCCUCAGAGUGGACCCUCUCCUUUUUUUAACCUCUCCUGCUGCUGAAGAGAAGUUCUGUGUUGCAGGAUGUCAGCAGGAAACAAGCUGGUGUCGGUGGACUUUGAGAUCUUCGGUCACGUUCAGGGUGUUUGUUUCAGAAUGUACACAGAGAAGGAGGGUCUGCGGCUCGGCCUGGUGGGCUGGGUGAAGAACACCUACAGUGGGACGGUGGUGGGUCAGGUCCAGGGUCCGGCUGACAUGGUGGAGGAAAUGAAGGUUUGGUUGAGUAAAGAGGGAAGUCCAACAAGUCGGAUCACCAGAGCUGCUUUUUCCAACCAGAGAUCCAUCGAGAAGUUGGAGAUCUCUGGCUUCAAGACUCGUUUUUGAGCAGCUGAAGAGAUUCUCCUCCUUCACUAAAACCACAGAGACCUGACUUCAGAUCUACGCUUCUGAGUUUUAUAAAGACUGUUUGAUCUGAACUGAUGCUCAGCUCAGUGUGGGUUUUAUUAGAUGAACAAAUGUGCCGUUUUAUCAAGAUUUAACAUAACUCACUCAAAUAUUCACAUUUUAAACAAAAACAUUCAUGGAAUCAGGAGAAAAUGUAGGAAUCAAAUUUUGUUACUUUUUAACUUCUAUAAGUUACGUUAGUUUAAAAGAUAUAAUAAAAAUCUGAAAAAGA